AUGAUCUCCGACAUCCAUGGAAUGUACCACAGCUUGGAGGCACGGGCAGGGUUGUGGGGGGACAGCAGAGCCGUCCGGGAUGGCGGUCCGGGGGCCAGGCUGGGCUGGGGGAAGCGCCCAGGUGCCGCCUGGUACCUGUGCCCAGAUGAGCGGGCCAGUCACACCUCGUUCCCUGCCCCGCUGUUGCUCCCUGCACGGUCUAACCGGGCGGGGAGGGACGGGGAGACACCGCAGCGCAAACCAGACCCGCCCAAGGCCUACGGCGAGGGCAGCGCGACUGCCGGCGGCUCUCCAGGGACCGGGGCAGGGCGAGGGCCGGCCGGGGCCGGCGGGGCGCGGUCGGGGAGCCGGGCGGCGCCGCCUCGUUACCUCUCCAUGGCCCGCACCGCGUAGCUGACGAGCGGCCUCCCCUGCACGGCGCAAAACUGCUUGGGAGUGGCGCCUCCCAGGCGCUCUCCGCUCCCGCCCGCCGGCAGCACGGCAGACACCGACACACCGCCGGGCUCCAUCUGCGCGGGGUCCCGCGGCGCCUCUGCUCUGCGCCCCCCGCGGCAGGAACGCCGCAACCAACCAACCGCCCGCCUGUUUUAUUCGCCCGCGACGUCCGCGACCCAAAGAAUCCAGCGCCCGCCCGUUCGCCUGCCCCCAGCGCACACCGGGCCCUACUCCUCGCCCACCCCGCGCUACGCGAGGCCCCACAGCGGCUCCGCCGGGCGCGGGCAGUCCUGCGGGAUGAGCCCGGACCGCGGCAGGGGAGCGCCCGGGGCACCGUGGGAGGAGGACAGCGGGCACACAGCGGGACAACCGGGGGACAGUGCCUAUGGGCCCUUUAAAUGGCCGGCGCGCGGGUGACUCCGGGUGGGAGGGGCCGGCGCGCGGGGCGAGGCCGCGCUGAGGGGCGGGGCGAGCCGAGGGUCCGGGGGGUCCGUGGAACCGGGAGGGAUGUCGUGGUUCAGUGAGGACAUAAACACACCGCGUUUGGCGCCGAGGGGAAGGCGGGCUCACCGCAGUCCCUGCCGUGGGCUUGCGUCCUCCUGAGAGCCCCACAGGCUGGCUGGGGACACUUGUCGUAUUGUGGGGAUUGUUGCCCUUCGUCCUAGGAGGGGGAGAUUGUAAUAAGAUCAUAGAAUUGGUAAGGUUGAAAAAGGCCUCUAAAGUCAUCGAGUCCAGCCGUUAAUCCAGCACAGCCGUGUUCACUGUUAAACCAUAUUCCCAAAUGUCACAUUCACACACCUUUUGAACGCUUCCAAGGACAAUGAUUCCACCGCUUCCCUGGGCAGCCUGUUCCAAUGCCUGACAGCCCUUUCAGUGAAGAAAUUUUUCUGGAUAUCCAAUCUUAAUCUCCCCUCUUAACUUGAGGCCGUGUCCUGUCAUUCUGUCACUGAUCGCCUGGGAGAAAAGUCCAACACCCACCUGGCUACAACCUCCUUUCACGUAGUUAUAGGGUCAUCUUGGAGCCUCCUUUUUUCUCCAGGCUAAACAACCCUAGCUCCCUCAGCCACUCUUCAUAGAAUUUGUGCUCUGCUCCCUUCAGCAGCUUCAUUUGCCCUUCUCUGGACACGAUCCAGCAGCUCCAUGUCUUUCUUUCAGAGGAUGGCCCAGAACUGAACACAGUACUCAAGGUGUGGCCUCACCAGUGCCAAGUACAGAGGGACAAUCAUUGCCCUAGUCCUGCUGGCCACACUAUUCUUGAUACAAGCCAGGAUGCCUCUGACCUUUUUGGCUACCUGGACACCGUGUCGGCUCAUGUUCAACUGGCUGUCAACCAACACCUCCAGACUUCCAAGUUUGACCUGUGAUUCUCCCCUGUGCAGCAUCACUUCUUUAUUAUCAGAUGCCCCAAAUGGAUUUUUCCUCUUGAGUAAAACUUCAAUGACUGGAAAAGAGUUAUGAGCAAGAUGUGUGGGUUUUUUCACCAUUCUACUUUCUAGGAGUCAAACAGAACAGGCCAGUUCUCUACAUAGGAGGUCACUCACCACAAAUCACAGUGCUUGAGAAGGGGCUAAAAGAUGGAUGAGGCCAAGACACAAAGCUGUGCUGAGAAAUGUCUGCUGGCAAAAGGACUAAUAUGCGCAGGGCAGGAGCAGAGGGAGCCAUGGAACCAUGAAACCACCUCCUGAACUGUGAUAGCUCUAGAAUCUACCUCCUCAUACAAAAUAGAUGGAGAGGCACACCAGGAAAAGAAACACUGACGCUCUUCAAAGUUAAUGAAAUGAAUCACAAAUGUGAGUGUGGAAUCUACAUUGUAUGUAAUCAACCUUUCUUUACCUGUGACAAUGUAUCUUCUCUUCCAACAGAGAAAUUGCCCUUUAGAAGCAGUUCUCACUCUGCAGAGGAAAGAGGAAACAGCAAAGGAGAAUAUCUUGGUAAGAGCAGUAGCAAAGGUGAGGGGAAAAGUUUGAAAACCUGUGUAAGUUUUAUUAAAACGUUGAUCGCUGUAGUUCUUGCUGACUCAGCAGAUAUGGUUAGGCACAUGGUACAACUGAGAAUCGGACUGCUGAUUUAAGACCCAGCUUUAGACUCCUCAUUUUGAAAAGGUUUUGGAAGUGUUGGCUUAAAUAUCAAGAAUUUAUGAAGCAGUUUGUACAGCCUAUUGCAAUGAGCUCCUUCAGUUUAGUUGACACAUAAAUAAUGAACAACACACUAGAGGAACCAUAGAUUCUAUUUUUAUUUCUAUUUGUUUUUUCCUAUCUUACUAUUUUGCUAGUAGAGAAUUUAAAGUGAUACCAUAUUCUUUCAUAAACACAGAACCAGGUUGCACUCAAAUACACACCUGUAGCCACAUUCAGUACAAAAGCUUAAAUUCUCAUCUUUUGGAUUUCUGUGAGAUUUUUUUAUUUUGUCACAUUUCCUUUCCCUAUUGUUACUACAGCCUCCAUGGGGUACCAUAAGUGAAGAUUCACCAGAAUGCUCCAUUGUAAGAUCUUUCUUUUGUGCUGGCUUUUGUCCUGGCAGGAGAUAAACCAUCUCCUUCACUCUGUCUGGGACACAGAUGGGUAUGGGCAACAUUCUUCCACUAUUGAGUCAUUAAUCAAAAGGAUCUAUUUUUCCACUUUUUAGUGGCCUCCCUUUUUCAAAAUUUUGUCAUUGAGUAGACAGUUGAACAUUUUCUAUUUAUAUAAGCCUGAUCUUUUCCUAAACCAGCUUGGAUUAAUUAAUUUAGUGUCAAUAUUCUCUAAACCAUGCAGAUUUUCUACAGUUUCAAUAAAAUACGGGCACUUGAGAGUUUCCUGCCUCCACUGAAAGAUAAAAAUGGGCAAAAUGUAAUUCAUCAAUAAGGAGCACUGUUUACCACUUUUUUUCCCAGAUAUGGCAGUUUGAUAAAAUGCAAAAUUUUUCCUUGAGCAUUCAAAUAUCGAAAAAUGUUUGUGAGUUUCAAAACUCUGGUGUCAGUAUUUGUGAAACAGACGUACAACCCUUCCUCAUUCAUUCAGGUGGAUCCAAAGGGCUAUGUUGUGCACCACCAUAUGGUGGAUAAAUGUAGUGAAAGCAUAUGUUUACAUUUGCAAACAAGUUCUUCUUUUUUUUUCUUUGUUCUACAAAAUUCGUUUUUGCCUAGAUAUCUUACAGCUUCCCUAGGCUUAUCCAUUCUCAUGCUAAAGGAAAGUUAGAAGCACUAUUCUAAUCAAAAUCCUUCACAAGCACAGCCUCUAAGUAACCCAGACUGUCAAAGACCUCUGUGCAUAAAGUACUGAAAUGUAACUAAUUUUGAGUGUUGUUGAUACCCAUGGCAGCAUUUAACCACUGACAUUUUAGCCUGUGCUUCUUCAGUAUUUAUCAUGCUUUUAUACACAUCACAAAGCAACCUCAAAGCAUAGGAACCAGGUAGCUUUUGAAUGAGAUUGAAAUGCUCCAAAAGCACACCUUACAUUCUCCAGCCAUAGGACCAGGCUAGAAACACCUUCCUGAAACGUGUAGUGUGGAUGUUAAGUUCUCAGCACUAACCUUUUCAUGGCACAAAUUCUUUUCCAUUAGCCUGCACUACUUAACUAAUGUAGACAUCAUUCAUGUGGCUCAUCUGAACCUACUUACAGAGCAGAGACUACUUUGAUGGGCUUUGCAAAUCUGACUGGAAAUUUCAGUCCAUCCAGCAAAGUGAACUACAAAUGGGAAACAAAACUGGGGCAGGCUCCUCUAUGCUUGAGGAUUUGUUGCAUGUACCUCAGGUGUGCAAUGUAGUAGCUAAGUAAAAAGCCCUGGAUCAAAACUUUUCUCCUUAGUCAAACUGAGUCUGGAAUAAUUAACUUCCAGAAUAUGCCUUUUUUUUUUUUAACCCUUGGUGUGAUAGGAUGAAUGUUUUGAGAGAUUUCCCUAGAAGCAGGAUAUUCUACUGAAUUUCCUAGCAGCAACAAAAGAAUUUUGAAGAAGAAUUUUGAAGACACCAUUAUUGAUAAUGUAUGUUAUACAUUUUUGUAGCAAAUGUGGGUAGAGUCCUUCUCAAAUCUUUGUUCGCAAAGCCUAGCCAUGAUGAUGAUGUUAUACAUUUGCCUGAAAAAUGUAUUUUGUCUGCUAUGUUUUUAUUUCUCAUUAAGGACACAAAUAGAGAGAUAGGGUGUCUUUUUUUAAAUUAAAAAAAUGGAGACAGAAUCGCAUCUGUGUAUAAUUACAGCUGAAAACUUGCAGAUCUAUUGUGAGCUCAUCCUCAGCAAAACCUCACAAAAUCACUCCCUUUUUAUGGCAACAAAUGAGUUUAAUAGCCUGAACUUUUCCACAUCAUAUAUGUAAAAUAAAGUGGCGUGUUAGGAAAUAUUAUCAGCACCACUGUAUUUCUAAUGAGCUAUAAUACAUUUCUGUAUGCUGGUUUCUAGGUUAAGCUUGGCUGUAAAUUUGUAAGCACAUGCAACCAUGUAGUACUUUCCCCUUAUAUGAUACAAUAAAGAAUCUUAAAAUACACAAGCUAUAUAUUUAAAACAAAGUAACCACAAAUUCUUACAAUUCAGAAAGCAACAAUAUUCCUGUAAAGGGAGGACAUAAUUUACAGAAAUUACUUUUACUAGGCACACCCAAUUUUGACUUUUAUGAGGCCUAGAUAAGUAACAUGGAUUUCUUAAGUUAUUUUAACAACAAAUUGAACUAUUCAAGCUUUACAUUCACUUUUAGUAUUAAUAAUGCCUAUCAGAUUGAUGCUUGCACUUACAUAAAGCUCUUAAUUUAAUUUUAAGAAUAUCCGACAGUUUUACUGGGUCAGACCAAUGGCAUAUCCAGGCAAGUUUUCUGUCUCCAGCAGUGGCAAUAGGAGAAGCUAUUCAGAGACUUAUAAACCGAGAUGUUCUCAGAGAUCCAUUCCUCUUUCUCUUCCCGCAAUACACUACUGUUGUGCCAGGGUGGCAAGAGGUACAUCCUCACCCUAUCGUGAUAUUGUCCAUCUGUUUGGUCUAAUCCCUUUUGGAACCUCCUGACGCAGUUUGCCCCUGAAAUUCCAUGUGAUAGCAAGAGCCAGAAGUCCACUACUUUGUGUUUAAAUAAAUGCUUUUUAGAUUUGUUUUAAGCUGAUGUUCUAUUAUUUUCCAGUUCUCAUAUUAUAGAAUAGAGUGAACAGAAGUUCUGCCUCUACCUCAUCCAUGAUUUUCAUGACUUUGUAACCCUUCCUCACUUUUCUUUCCAGCCUUCUCCUUUCAUGGUUGAAGACUCACAAACUUUUUUGUCUCUCCACAUAAGGUAGCUGCUCAAUUGCAUAAUCAUUAAAGUUCCCCUUGGAGUUACAUGUUUUUACCCAGAAUGCCAAGGCAUUUUUAAAUUUUUUUUGAGAGCUUCUCAGCAACUUUGGGAUUCAACUGCCAUACUGGUGAAAAGAAAACUGAAGCUUUUCAAAUUAUCGAUCUGAUUGUUACUUUUCUAGUAUGAUAGGUAAAUGCCCUAUUAUUUAUUCGUAGAGGUUUAAAAAAAUUACUUUGGGAGAAUAUAAUUUGAUUUUCCUCCUUACUCAAUUCAACCUACUAUUUUAUUCAUAAGUAUUCAUUAACUUAAAAUGUAAUAUUUUGAAGAGUACCUCAUUUUUGCCAUAACAGGCUAAUAUAUUUAGCUGUGCUUCAGUAAUACUUACACUUUCCUCGAAUACGCUAUUUGCUUAUUCCUUUAAUGCAUUUAUCUAUAUCUACAGCUCUUUUAAUUAUGUUAGGCUCUCCUGGAAUGUCUUUAAAGUGUUGCUCAGAGACUUUGAAUCAUGUAUAUUCGUUGCCUUCUCUGACACUCAGUAUUUCUUCUGCUCUAGCAACUUAGGCUGAACACAGGUGUUGAAAACUUUUGCUUUCAUUUGAGCGGUGUUUUGUUCCACCUUGUCUGUUAGAGAUUUAAUUUUGCACUAGUAGCUGGUAUUAUGUACAAGCACAGAAGCCUAUGGCCACAGGUAGCUAUCUUUUUUUCUCCCAGGAGAAAAAUACAAGCAUUGUGCUGACUGUUAGUGAUUUAUAGAACACAAAGGCCUCAUUCAUUCUCAUUUUAAGGUCAUCGCUGUGUGAUCUUCUUUGAACAACUUGCAGAUAAACAUCAAGAAGGCCUCAUGAAUAACAAUGACUAAACUGUCAAGGCAGUAAUAGUAUGAUUGAAGAGAGCAUCCUCUAAAUGCAACAUAUACUAAGGAAUGUGGAGAAAACUUCCAUGUCUUACAGCUGUAAUAAAAUGGGAAGUGCAUUUUUAAUAUAAAGGUGAAGUGGAAUACUGGUUGGAAUCAAGCCUUAAACAAAUGGCUUAUUUAGCCAAAAAGAGAGGGGGGUUGCAUUUUGAAUAUAGCAGAGUGAUGUGCAGGAAGCUCGGAGAAUACAGUAUCUUUCUCUGGCUCCUUCGUUCCUCUGUGGGAGGGAACUUUAUAGCAUUCAAGAAAAUUCCUUGAUGGUGCUGCUGUUUCAUAUGAGCACAUUGACAGGAUGCACAGUUUGGCACAAUUGUCUAUUUCUGAUCUGAAUUACAAAUACCAGUGGUGGCAAAGAUUCAAACUGACCUAUACUGGUGGAAUAAUUCAAGUAAUUAUUCAGGGAAUCGUAGUGCAAACACAUUUAGUUCUUUAGGUCUGGAGUUCAAAAUGCUGCAAAAAUCUCAUGGUAUGCUGCACAAUCAUGAGUUCCAUGCUGCACAUGUAGAUUAAUGAUGUGGUGAGGUAUCUCAUGAGACUGAGACAAGAGACAUACAACAAGGUUCUAAGGAGUGAUAAACUCGGUUUAUUUAAUUCCUAAAUAAAUUUCAUAGAUGUGGGACACGUGAAAAUUGGAUGGUAAAGAUUCCCAUGCCCAGAUCAACUAGGAAUGUCAUGUAUACUAAUUAAGCAAACAGAAACAAGAAAAUAGUUUGUAUGUAUUUUUGAGGUGCAUACAAUUCACAUUUAUACAGGUUUCCAGUCUCAGUGCCAGAUAAGCCUAGUCAUAAAGGAUAAUUGAUUGGUUUUAUGCACCAUUGCACAGAGUCUAAAGGCAUUCAUAAUCUAUGGUUGAUUGCAUUUUGAAUAUUGCCAAAAUGAAUACAAUCCCCUCACUGUUGAACAAGAUCAUAAUAUUUAUAUUGAUAAUUGAGAACCUUGAAUAAUUCAUAGUCCCAUCAUGUCUUUUCUAUAAAAUUAGGACUCUUUUAUGUCUGAAAUCAAAACCAGUCCAAAUAGUUAGGAUUUUGACAGCAUUUUUCAAUUAAAAUUGUUUAUUUGUGUAAGUUUUUUCUUUGUCCUAUAAAGAUGAAAAUACAUUCUCAUUCUCAUUUUGGACUUGGAUUCAAUUCAACCUCCAGGGUUUUUUAUAUGUUCUUAUAGUAAGCUAUCUGCUCUCACAAAAUGAAAUAUUAAGGAAGUUCUUAGUUUGUGAAGCUGAGAGAACAAAACAAUGUUUCCAUUUAAAAAUUCUUUCAAAAGUUAGUAUUAAAUACAAAGACAUCUUUCAAGAAGAGUGACCACAUUCAUUUUGACAAAGCACAGGCUGAGGGAAGAGUAUGUUCCUGUCUGAAAGAUGUCCUGCUUUUCAGACAAGAUUUGGAAUAAAAAGUUAUUUAAAUAUUUCUGAUGGAACAUGGAAACAAUCACUAUAUCCUGUGAGUGUCCCAGUCAAGCAAGAAUGCAGGAUCACUUUUAACAUAACAAUUUUCAGGCACUUGAAAAAUUAUUCUCAGGCUCAAACUUCACUGCAUGCAUUUCAGUAUUUUAAAAGUCUUUAAAACUAUUUUAUUAAAGUAUCUUUCAGUCCACUUUCUUUUUUCCCCCUUCCAGUUGCAGAAAGCCCUUAUAUUUGGGCUUCAAGAUGAGAGUCAGUAGAUCUUAAUUUUAUUUCCAUCACUGCUGUUCCGUGCUUUUAGAAUUAUGUGCUUUGAAUUCUGCAUUGAUAAAAAUAAAUUCUUUAGUAUAUAAAGCUUCAGGAUUUAUUGAUUAAAGUAUCUAUUCACACAAACCAAUGAGAAUAAUUUUGGUUGCUGGGCUCACAAUGAAAAGUUCUAAGGUAUCUAGAUAUCCUAGAACAAAUUUGACACCUAAAAACCCUAAGUGGAAUAGGUUCACCAUUGCAGUAUAUCCAGUGAACAAGCAGUUACAUUUUGCUCAUGGAAGACUUGGACAGAAAUUCCUGACACAAAUCUGACAGAGGAGCAAUUUGGGGUCCUCUGUACUGACUGGAUUUGGGGUGUAGAAGAUUUUCUCAGAAGAAAAUACACACAGAAAGACUGAUGGAACUGGCAUGUUGUGCUGAUGCUGGACAGUCUUUGUGACAAGAGGAGUCCCUUUGAGUACUGUGCCCUUGCCCAAAAGUUACCUGUGGAUGUUUUCUUCAUUCUUUACAGGCAGAGGAAAAGAGCACUGGGCUGCUUUGGGCACCUAACAGAUGUCACAGCUGCAAAUUGCAUUUUCUAUUGGCUAGAUCAGUUUACAAUCUGCCCUUCAAACUGAUUUCAAUUAAUUCCCUUCUAGACAGCUAAUUUUUCCAGCAUGGCAAGUUCAAUUACGACUUUCUGUAAGUGAGAGGGUUUCCAGGAGUCAGGCAAAGCAAUACUAAGUUUUAUAACUCAGGGUCCCUUUUGAAUGUAGGUAAAAGUCUUCUGCUUUUAAGCAUUAGAUAAAAAGAAGAUAAUCUUCCCUCUGAGAAGAAUGCCAUUGAAGCAAGGCAAUUUAGGGAUUGUUAAGACAGGGGUGCUUACUUCUGGUGGGUUUGAUCUUAUCCUUAUGUCUCUAUUACUUAAUUUUUUUCUUGCUUCUUGUCUACUCUUCCUCACCAUCCUUGUGAUACAAAAUGACAUGGGCUAUACAAUAAAAGUGAUAAUGUAUCACUGAUGUAGAUGAGUCUGCUGAGAGUCAGGGUAUAAUGAGAAUCUGCACAAUUAAGAGUUUUAAAGCCCAACGGUGAAGUCCUGAAGGGCACCAGAGCAUUGAGGAUAGAGGUGACACACCACGAUGUUGUCAGGAGGCUGCAAAGGCACUUGUUCAUGCUGGCUGUUCUGCGAGGGCCAUGAGGUCUGCCUGCCUUGCUGAGGUGGAUGAGGAUGCUUUGAGGUUGUGGAACACCAUUUUGGAAUUUUACUGUGGGAUGUCUCAGGUGCCAGUUCCAAAUACUAUUUGUAUCACUUUUGAAGUUCUGUGAGAAUUCUGCAGAACUGCUUUCUACCUUUGUUGAAGAUAUUUCCAAAACAAUAAUUGGGACUCCUUUGGUUCUUUUAGGCAGUAUGGGAGAAGAUCAGAGAAAAUUAUUCAGGAUGCACUGUUUAAUUUUAGCACACACAUUCUAUGCCAGUUGUUUAUGUAUGUGGUUAGCACAGCAAUAUAGGGGAGUGGGGGGAAAACCAACAAAAAUCCCAAACCAGAAAGCCGGUUGCAAUGAAAGGCAGUUCAGCUUGUUCUUGUUUGUGGUGGGGUUUUUGCUGGUAAUUAUUUUGGAAAAAAACCAGUAUUUAACUACCAUCCCAUCUACUCUGGAGUCAAAUAUUCAGCACUGCUUACUAGUGACCUAGCACUAGCAAUAAAAGGCAUAAGUUUUACUGGCAGUUAUUAAUGUUCUAAUAAUAUGUGGUUUAGUCUGUUCUGAGAGUUAAGAUGGUACUGUAUAAAAAGCUUGCAGAUACAUAUCCAACUCCAGCAAAUUCCCAACAAUGCACUGACAAACACAGGAAAUCUUGUAGAAAACUAUCCCAGUGUAGACUAGGCAAUAUUUUAUUCCUGUCCUUGUUGAACAAAAUAUUUUAAACACAUGAAAUGCUUUGUUUCAAAGUAGCAUUUUUGAAAUCCAAAAGUUCAGCUGUUGCAAUUCUUCUUUCCACUCUGAAGUUACAUAAGUUUCCUGGAUCUCUAGAACUUCUUAAAAAUGUUCAGUUUUAACAAACAGUAAUAUUUUUUAGGUAAAAAUCUUCUUAUCACUUUGAAUGAGCUCAAAUAAACAAAAGCUGUGCAUGUGUGUGACUAGAAAUUUUUUUAUUGCAUUAUACAUAUACUUUUUAAUAGAAAAUUUUUCCUACUUAGCAAUAAGAAGCCACACAAAACAUGGACUUCCUUGUAUCAAUAAGCUUUAACUAACCAAAUCUGUUCCCUCAAGGCAAACAAUCAGGUAGCUUUGACACCUGCAGCUACUGGAAAUAUUAAUGUAAGAAGAAAUCAAACUGGUGGAAGCCUGAGGAAAUAUAAAUACAGUAAAUGUAUUGAAAAUACUUCAUCUGGUGCUUACAGUUUGUGCAAUCAUGAAACAUUUUGCUAAUAAUCCUCCUAGAACUCACUAAAAGUUAGCUUACUGUGGGGUUAGAGCAAUUAUCAAAUAUAACAAGAGGAUGAAAUAAGAGGAGAAAGCAGUAUUAUGGAUUAAAGCUGUGUUUAUGCAUCAAACUAUAUAAAGGUAGAACAGUACUCUAAGAUGAUAAUUCCUUUUAAGGUCUGCUGGUAUACACAUCUAGCACUUUUUUAAAAAAAAGUUUUUCUGUAGAAGUGGAAAUGGACUCUAUUCAUAUGUGAUUUUGUAACAGUGCAUCUUUUUAAAAAGAAAUUGCAAACUCAUCCUGACAGACAAAAAGUCAAAUUCUCAAAGGAUCAGUGUACUUAGAAGUCCAAGUAGUUCUCUUUAUAAUCCACGUUUUUCGAACAAUUCCUCUGCAUUUGACAGUUUCAAAGAGUCUACACUGGACUCAAAUUGUGCUCUGCUUUGGUGACUGUUACUUGUUCGAGUUCUCCACCACUUUUACAAAUAUACUCUCAAGUAUCUUCCUUCCCAGUACAGUUUUGUGAUCUUGAACUCAUAUCUUUGUUAGUCAUUGGCCUAAAUAAUGCCAAUCCACAUCAGUACACUUACCAUACCUCUACAUAUCAUUACAUGAAAACACUACGAAAAAUGAGAACGGGGCAUAAGAAAACUUUCAUCUAAAUUUAUUAAACUGUCAGUGAAGUCAUCAUGCCUACCAGCUGGAGAAAAACCUCUGAAGUCAGUCACAACUGACUCAGUAGUUUGUAAGAAUCUUGAAGUUCAUGAAGUUGCUUUUCAAGCACCUUCUUCUGCUUUCCAGCAUUCAAUGUUACCUGCUCCCUUCUUCUCCAACAUGACAGCAAGAAGGAAGAAACAGAAUCAGAAACAGUUGUGAAACAUAAUUAUGCUAUUUUCAUUCUGCUGCUAAAUGUCAAUAACAACUAAUUUAUGAAUGUGAUUACAUGAACAUAAGAGAAAAACAGUGGACUUGAUUCCAAAGGUCUGUUCCAAACUUUGAGCGUAUUUUCUGUGCAGGACAGUACUGUAGUGGUGCUUUUGCUAUGUACAAAAAGAGGUCACUGAGAAUUAAUCCAUUAAUUGCCUUUUAUACACUGCUACAGUGUCCAGAUGUCAUUUGAUCCUAGCUCUUUUACAAGCUUAGCUACUUUUUAGCACCUUUAACUUAGGUACAGAACUGAGUAUAUGGUAAUAAUUAUAAAAUAAGAAUAGUCAUCAUAGUAACGUAGUGUAUAAGUAAUUCAUUCACACAGCCUAGGUCAGUAGACCUUUGAUAGACUAAACAAAAGUUACCUGAUCUCAAUAUAUCGAAUCAGUGAGGCAGAUGAGUCAGGGUUUUUCCCAGGGCAGAAGGCAUGAAGAAACAAUGUCAGUGCCCGGUAGCCAAUAAACAUAAUGUAUCCCAUUUUUAGAUUAAGAUGCCUGAUUAGUAUUACAUAAAUAAAGAAUUUUUAUAUAAUUCAGAUAAUAAUUUUAAGAGUUCUGGUAUUGAGAUUGCACUCCUUUUCCCUUUAAUGAAUGUACAUGCAAGUUCUUACAUGUAUAAAUUCAAACUCUUCUUCAAACUUCAGUUUUAUUUUGUAUUGCAUGUAAUCAUUUGCAUCUAUUUAAUAUUACACUAUGAAUUCACUACAGGAUAUGUAUUUGCCAUGUUAUAUCUUCACAGCAUUAACUGACCAAUUAAGUUAUUACACUUGCUGCUGUCACUGGGAAUGCCUAUGCUCUCUGAACGCAUUUCUUGAACACUUCUGGUUCAACAGGUAGUGUUCAGGGGCCAGCAAUGGACAUGGGCCCUCCAAACCCCAAUGUAAUUCAUUCAGACCUGCUUUUGUGCAUCUCUACGUGGCAGAGUUUUGCACCAUAUAAACACAGCCCCACUGCCAAUAUAUUAAGAAGACAGAAUAGCAGAAGUUUACAUCUGAAAAUUACUUUGGCAGCCAUGAAAAUUAAAAUGGAAAGUUAAGGGCUUUUUUCAGUAUCUGCAGGUUAUAAAAGCAGCCCAGUGACAAAAAAUUCUUUGAAUUAAUAGGGACACUGCCAUCAGUCAUUGGUAAGAACAGUACUGACUUCUACUUAUAGAGAGCUCUGCAGACAUUAUUCUUCUAGAAAACAGUUAUUACUUACAGGUAAAGGUAGUCAACUUUGUUAGGAAGCAGUAUUAAAAGUUUUAAACAUGCACAAUAUGUUUUUAUGAAAAAUACCAACAAUGUUAGUAACUUGAUUUCAAGUAUUGAAUACAGAAGAUUUACUUAUGUGACUAACAGUGAUACUUUUAUAGAAACUUCUCUAUUAAAAUAUCUUCCCAUCAAGCCCCAGGCAUUCCAAGCUUGCACAUUACAGAGAACCAAAAAUUCCAGUUAUCAUGUUCUGGAGAGCAUAUGUGAUCAUAGCAAGGGAGAUAUAUAUUUUAUAUAUGUAUAGGAUAGAUACAAACCAUUGUGGAAGUGCACAUACAGGAUUUUGAAAGAUUAGGAUGUAAAUUUCUAAGACUAGAGUAACAGGAUCACUUGACAUAAUGAUGUUGUUUACAAAAUUUUGUUUACAUACCCAUAACAGAGCUGCAGCACACAAUAAUUUCUUUUCUGACUGUUGAUCAGACUUGGAAGUCAAUCUGCAGGAACACCCCAGCAGGCAGAAUGGCCAGAGAACAAAGUUAAGAGUUGGCUGUGUUGAAAUGAAAGAUAUGUCCAAAUUGUGCUGAUAGAAACAUAAGACAGUAUUUAUAUAUAUCUUGGGACUCCUCUGCAGCAGGCCUGUCACAUUUUUGGUGGUGGUGGUCUUUAUUCUCCAGGAUAGUAUUCAGUUGUCAACUCAGAGUGAAGCUGGAUUAGAACAAGGUAGUUCAUCCAUGUGAUGCAGUCUGCUGGGAGAAUUUUGCCAUAGGCUGCAUCUGGACUAUUUUAUCUUCUUCCCUUACACUUACCAUUGUGUAUAAUAUAUUAAUUUAUAUUACACAUAAUACUAGAAGAACUAAAUAAAGUUUCUGAGGCAGGAGCCUAACCAUUCCAGUUAAUCACUAGCUUCAAACUGAAAACAGUCAGAAUUGUUUAGAUACAGGAUCAAGUUUGUAUUAUUUAUUGGAAAAGAAGCAGUCUCCCAAAAGUCUGCUCCUGAACCUGUUACAGGGUCACUGGGAUGUCGUCAGUGCCAUCCACAAGAUUAAUAGCAUGAGUGAGAGAAGCGAUUCAAAUUCCUGAAUGUUUCAGACCGUGUGGAGUAUUUUAAACAUCUGCACAGGGCUUGCAGCUACUGGACCUACAGGAGAACUGCACUCCUCUGGAGGAAGAGCUGGAAUGCAGGUGGGAUAUCCUACUGAUCUUUCCUCAGGCUUCUGCGUUUCACCUGAUAAACACUGAUAACAUAUUUCCGGUUACAAGAAGAAAAGAGGAAAUAUGCAUUUAUCAACAAUAUUUUUCAUUUCACUUUCCAAGUGAAAUUUAUUUAACAACCUCAAAAGCAAGUUAAUUGCACUAAUGUCUAAGUAUCAUUACUAUAACACGAGCAAUUUUAAAUUUGUCCUAGAUAAUGUGGUUUUUGAUGGAUGUUCUGUAAGUAUGCAGAACUGCAUAAACAUGUAAGAUGGAAAAUAAUUCUGUAGUAGGAUCUGCUUUUUUGGGGAGUUGGACUAGAUGAGCUCCAGAAUUCCCUUCCAACAUAAAUUAGUUGAUUUUAUAAAAUAAAGAUGCAGUUUUUAAAAACACCUUCUGUGAAAAAGCCAUACAGCACAGUACCUUUGAUGAGAAGUAUUUAAUCAUAGGAGAUAAUAAAGAACUCUGUGAUCACCCUACUGUAAUGUUGUAUAUUGUAUCAAUUUCUAAAAAAAAAAAAAAAAAAGGAGGAAUGAGUGUGAUCUUACUACUUUAUUUUUCACUGUUAAGUAUUUUUCUUUUUACAGUAAAUAAAUGCGCUCUAAAAAUGUAGGUCUUGUCAGGGAGAUGCACUGAAACUCACUCAACAUUAAAUUAAGGUCAAUAAGACUACAAAGAUGAGAUUAAUGUGCAAGUAGUUUAAAUUUUCUGUAUGAAAAUGAAAAUAGAUCUUACUUAAAAUAUUUGGGACAUUGCAUGAAAGAAAAAUCUCUACUUGUAUAUUGAGAAAUGGAGACCUUCAAAAAGGUAAUUUUUAGAAAUUAUACAGGACUUGAAAAACAGAAAUUGAAUAUAAACCCUGAAAAAUACAGAGCAAUUCUAAUAUCAUAGCCAAAAAAACAAUUGAAUUCUGAAGAUAAUAAACUUUGGUAUUUAAUAAUAUCAUGUUAGACAUUGGUUUUAGCAUGUUCCAUCUUUCGAAGCCAUUUGAACAACAGGUUAAGUUACAAAGAGCUAUUGUGCUAUCAGUUUCCCAGUAAAGCCCUGUCCAAAUCAUUGGGAAGUAAAAGAAUAGCAGAAUGGUUUAGCCCAUCACCUCAUUAUUGUCCAAGUUUCACUUGCUAGACUGUGAUAAACUUCUUAGGUAUUUUCCCCAGAGAGGAUGGAGAAUGUGGGUGACUGAACUAGAGAGCAUCCAAUGAGACAGGUUAUGUUUUAAACCAACUUUAAUCUGAAUUUUACUAUCCAAACCAAAUCCAUGUUUCUAUAAUGUGGUCUCUAAAUUGAUACAGUGACAAUCUCCUGUACCCUUGGUGUGUGGUUGAAGCAUGGACAUACCAGGAGGCCUCCAAAGUAGGGAAGAAAAGGUGUCACUCUAUGAGCCAGAUGAACUCCCCAAGGCAUCUGUAACCUGGUGGUUUACAAAAGUAAUAAUCUCCUGUUCUGCCCUAUCCCCUUUGUCAGUAAAAACAGAUCUAUCUGUGCUUUCCCCUAUUUUUAUGUUCUGUUAUCAAAUACUAUGAAGUUGCAACUGUGUAUCCUUAUAUAAGAACAUUAAGUAUUUUUACUACAUAAAUAUAAUGAGAACUUUUUGGAAAAACAUGUACAGCAAGUCAGUCAUUAUUCUGGGUAACCUGAAGGAUGUGUGAUCAUUUCACAGAAAUUUCACACAAUAUUCUGAGUUGGAAGGGACCCACAAGGAUCAUCAAGUCCAACUCUUACGUAAAUGGCCCAUACGGGGAUCAAACCCACAACCUUGGUGGUGUUAGCACCAUGCUCUAACCAACUGAGCUAAUCUUAUUUGAUCAUUUAUGGACAGCAAUCCAGGAAUAGGACUACAUAGGUGACAGAUUAUGUAUUUUGGAAACAAAAAACACCACCAAGCUAGUGUAAAACAUGGUGAUCAUUCAGUCUGAACAAAAAAAAAUACUCAUUUUCUGCUCAAGUUCCUUUAAACUUGGUGGGGAUUUUAAGUAUCAAUUUGCAGAUGCAGAAAGAAAAAGAUAUUAAAUUUACUGAAUUUUAAAGUCUCCAUUUAAAGUCUCCAUCCAGACUAAGUCUGUAGUUACCAGUUAAAAGAGAUAAGCACCUCAAACCCCCAAAACAUAUCUGAACAAACCUCAACCCUUGUAUGUCCCACCUCUGUGACAGAACGCACAAAAUACUUUCCAGUGGUUCCCUCCCUCUCUCUCUCCCCAUACUUUAUUACUGAAUUUGCCUGUCCUAUCAUGUUAAUUGGACUAGUUGAUAUGUCACUGUUAUUAUCAAAGUUUUCUUUAAUAAUCAUCUUGUCUUUUGCAAUUCUAAAAUGAUAGAUCUGUCUUGUUGAUUGAAAACAUUGAACUUGAAUGUAGAAUGAAAAAAGUACGGAUCUCUGUACCAGUUUCUUCUUCUCCAUUGAUUUCCUCUUUUUAUGAUUUUAAAUACCCUAGAGAUAUUUUUAGAAGCUAAAAUAAGGUAUUAAAGACAUUUCUGUUGUCAGUUUUAUCCCUUUAUGAUGUCUAGUCUUUCUUAGUUGAGGUUUCUAUUUGUUUAAAGCUACCUAGCUGAAAUGGAAGCCACCCACAUAAUUUUUCCAAGAAAAUUAAAUAUUUGCAAUGUAAUACUUGUACUGUAGUUCCAUUCCUCCAUUAUACAUACUACAUCUAGCUUCAGUGGUCUGAACAAGCGAAGGCAUGCACAUAAUUAAUUCCAUGAGGGACAGCUUAUUCAUAUAUUUGCACACACAACUUUUGCUCUUUGUGUAUCAGUUGCAUAUAAUUUACAAUGACUAUUUCUGCUAACGAGUACUCAGUGCAAAUUAAAUUCUAAAUAAAGCUCCAAGUUUUCAGACAUA